GCUGGUGAUAUCAUCACUAUGAACUCAAACAGUUUAAGGCUCCAUCUACAUUCCCAAGGUACCUCUGUGCCCAAUGGUUUAUGACUUAGAGGAUUCUAUAAUCCCAUAAUGAUAGAAAGUAGCUAUUGUAAAAUUUCUCAACCGACAUUUUCCAAUUUUCGAUAUUUUCAAACACAAGCUAAUUGCUCCAGAUUUUCUCAUAAGAAGCCAUUAGAAAGUGAUUCUGACAUUAUAUGGGCAUCUUUUGAAGCAAAAAUAUUCUUUGUGUUUGAAUAUUAUAAUUUGUUAUUAAAAUUCAUAAUCUGUUAGAACUGUAACUCUUUCUUCAGAUUUUGAAGAAGGCCAAACUUAAUGGAACUUAUCAAGCUUUAAUAUUAUCUUCUCUCAAUUUUCUUAUUUUUAUCUUUACAAACUUGGAUGCUCUGUGAAACUCUCCAUUAGCUUAUAUAUUUGGUUGCAACUUAAACUUUAUCGUGAUUUUGAUAUCACCUAAUGAGCCACAAAAACACAAAAUACAUCUUUCUCUGGUUUAGAACUUUUUCUGAAGUGUCUCCUGAUUCUUAGCUACAUGCCAAGUCUAGGAUUUGUGACAAAGCUGAUCAAGAUCAAAAUUAAAACUUCAGAAUGAAGAUCAGGAAGAACAAUAUUCAUUUU